UGUAGGGAUUCUAUGAUUCUAUGGUUUAGGAUCUGGAAUGUGAGUGUAAUGAAUUUCAAAAGGGAAUUGGAUAACCACCUGAAAGGAAGUCAUUUACAGAGCUGUGUGGAAAAGGCAGAAACACAGGACAAGCUAAACUGGUUUUACGGAGAGUUGGAACAGGAUUGACAGGCUAAAUGGUCUCCUAUGCUUUAACUCUUCUAUGAUUCUAAGUUUUCAAAGUAAAAGCAUGAUUCAAAACAAAGUAAACAGAUGUGAGGAGCCUUCUCCUGUUCUGGAUCAAUGAGAAUUUGAAUGAGUGAUUUGUUCUUUUUCAGAAUGCCAGGUAUAAGUGAGUAUAUUCAACAACCAGUACUAAAUGGAUUAAGAGAUAAAGCUUCCUACGUCAGGCGAGCAGCAGUCCUGGGAUGUGCUAAAAUGCAGACUCUUCAAGGGGAUACAGAAGUUGAUGGGGCUGUGGUAAAUGAGCUGUAUGCUAUGCUGCGUGACCCAGAUCCUAUUGUCAUGGUCAAUUGCUUGAGAGCAUUGGAGGAAAUCCUGAAACAUGAAGGAGGCGUGGUCAUCAACAAGCCAAUAGCACAUCACCUUUUAAACAGAAUGAAAGACUUGGAUCACUGGGGGCAGAGUGAAGUGCUGGCAUUCCUGGUUCGCUACAAGACCCGAACUGAAGACGAAGUGUUCACAAUUCUGAAUGUACUCGAUGACUUUCUCAAAAGCAGUCAACCUAAUGUUGUCAUGGCGACCACCAAACUAUUUCUUCUGCUGUCUGAAGAUUUCCCCAACGUGCAGAUGGAUAUUCUGGAACGAGUGAAAGGGCCGCUGCUCGCUAUCUGCACAUCAGAGUGUCACGAGCUGUGUUUCCUGGGUUUGUGCCAUGCACGGGAGAUCCUUCGCAGCUCACCUGGGCAUUUCAGUGGUCACUACAAGAAAUUCUUCUGUAUGUACUCUGAACCGAAUUACAUUAAAUACCAGAAAAUGGAAAUCCUCAGGAACUUGGUGAACGAUGAGAAUGUCCAGCAGAUACUUGAGGAGCUUCAGACCUAUUGCACAGAUGUUUCUGUAGAGCUAGCUCAGAUGGCCAUUUUAAAUAUAGGUCGAAUUGCACGGAUGUAUAGUGAAAGGUGUGUGGUUAUUUUGAAAGGGCUACUGGGCCUCAAGCAGGAACAUAUUACAUCAGCUGUCAUUCAAACAUUUCGUGAUCUUGUAUGGCUGUGUCCCCAGUGUACAGCGACUGUCUGCCAGGCACUACUAGGCUGUGAGGAGAACAUCCAGGAUAGUGAGGGGAAGCAAGCUCUGAUCUGGCUCCUUGGGAUGCACGGAGAGCAGGUUCCCAAUGCUCCCUACGUCUUGGAAGAAUUUGUGGACAAUGUGAAAAUGGAGACCUCUGCAACAGUGAAGCUGGAGCUGAUCACAGCGAUGGUGCGCCUGUUCCUGAGUCGCCCGGCUGAAUGUCAGGAUGUGCUGGGAAGACUACUUCAUUAUGUUAUUGAGGAGGAGUUAGACAUGGCUGUGCGCGAUCGCGGACUGUUAUAUUAUCGGCUGCUUCAGCAAGGAGUUGAAGAGGUCAAGCGGGUAGUCUGUGGACCAAGAUCUGAUCCAUCCUUGGAUGUAAUAAGUGGUCAAGCUAAAGAGGCAGUCAGUACCUGGUCCAAAGACUUUAACACACUAAUACCAAUCUAUGGCCAAGAACAGUGGGAUCGCUUAACAGCACAGAAAGGGGACUCCUUAGAAAUCCUGCAGGUGUCAGCAGUAAAGUCAGAUGAAAAAGACACAAGCCCAGAACAAAGAGAAAAGAUGGCUGCAGACUCUGGAUCAGUCAGUUUGGAGACCAGUGCCCACCUGUCGCCGGAGCAGUUUGAGGAGUACUGGACUCGUCUGGAACCUGCUAAAGUUGUGACUGUGGACUGGCACAAAGACUCAUGCCCUGAUGCCAUCCAAACUGCUUUUCAGUUUGUUCACAUCCAGCCGGUUGCAAUUAGCCGGGCAGGAGUGCAACCGUGGAAAGCCUAUCUGUUUGCCAAAAAUGACACUGGGUCAUUGUUUUUAAUUGAACUCUUAACUGUGAAGGGCAAGAGGGACAUGCAAAUUACUGUUAAGCAAGAGAAUAGCAGCGAACCGUUGCUCAACCACUUCAUCACUGUUGUUAAGUCUGUAAUACAGGCUCUGGGUGAGACUAAAAGUUAGACCUUGAAUAUGUUUCAGUAGCUGCAGGAGAAAAAUGCUCUCCUAACUGAGAAAACCAAGUCACGUUUUACUUCCAAAAUGCCAUCAGAUGUUGGUGAAGGGAAACAGUUCCAGUGCUUGCCUAUCUGGCUAAACUGCAAAAGUAGUUUGUUGUGUCAUGUUUUGAUGUGGUGAAGCAUGUUGUAAAUACAAUUUUAUUUUUGCAGUGCAAGAUACAUUGGUGAAUUUAAUUGAUAGCAAGGCCAGUAAACAUUUCUUUUGAAAUUCUAAACUGGCGUAGUUCCUGGAACUCCAAUUGUCCGGAGUGCAUCUGCGUAGCUAAGGCGAAAACACAGUCCUUCCCCAUUCGAUUAUAAGCCAAUGCAUGGGUUUUUGACUUGCUGUCACUCCUUUUUUCAUAAAGGAAAAUAAAGCAUCAAAUUUGUGCAAGUGA